UGAUCACCCUGGGGGCUGUGUUCUGGUUGUAGGCCUACCAGGAUGGAGGGGCAUGCUGAAAUGGAGAUGCUGAGAACCCUGAAGGGGCCCUCUACAGGGGAGGUCAGCGUGCACCUGGUGGCCAGGGGCAGCCCAGGUUCUGGCCCUCACCUGCCCACUACUGCCUUCAUCAUUCCAGCCAGCUCUGCCACCCUUGGCCUGCCCAGCAGUUCCCUGGAUGUGCCCUGCUUUCCACGGGAGCCGAUCCAUGUGGGCGCCCCGCAGCGAGUGCCCGGCAGCGUACCUGUCAUGGCCACCGUUCUGCCGCAGUUGAGCGCAGGGCCGGCCCCCGGCCCCGCCUCCUGGGGGCGGCCUACGGUGCCGGCUACCGGAGUACGCGCCACGGAACAUGGUGGGAGCCGAGCAGCCCCCGAGCCCCGAGCUGCCCCGGGAACGGACCUCCCCCACGACCCUCCAGGAGACCCCCCGCAAGACCCCCCAGAGAAUGGUGCCACCUGUCAGUGCCAGGCAUGUGAGCCUCAGCCAGGCUCCCGUCCAGAUCCUGGCUCCUCCAGGGAUGGCUGCCCCCCGCUGUUUCAGGAGCGGUAA